UUAAUUUCUCCCCAUACCUUACCUUGCGGGAAGAAAUUACAAUUUCUGCGAAACGGGAAGAAGAAGCCACCGCCGCCUCCGCCCUCGUGCUACCACCGCCUUAGCCCUCAGCCGCCAUUUCUGACUGGAACAGACGAAGCCUCAGGCUCCGCCUCACUGCAGCUGCAGUCGCGUCGCCCGUCGCCCCACCUCCACCAUUUUUCGGCCCGCCUUCGGCCUCCGUUUCAUCCUUCACUCUUCAGUCUUCAAGUAACAGCUCAAACCCUCAGAUUUUAUCCGACCGACAAGAGUGGUGCUUUUAUGGCGGCCGAGUUUGAUACGUCAGAGAUAGAGUAUGUGAGCUACAGCGGCGAGCAUCACCUGCCGCUGAUUAUGAAUCUGGUGGAUCAGGAGCUGAGCGAACCAUAUUCCAUCUUUACCUACAGAUACUUCGUCUAUCUCUGGCCCAAUCUCUCUUUCCUCGCAUUCCAUGAAGGAAAAUGCGUGGGCACGGUGGUAUGCAAGAUGGGAGAUCAUCGCCAUACUUUCAGAGGAUACAUCGCCAUGCUCGUUGUUCUCAACCCUUACAGAGGCCGAGGCAUUGCAACUGAACUUGUUAGUAGAUCAAUUAAAGUGAUGAUGGAAUCAGGUUGUGAGGAGGUAACACUAGAAGCAGAAGUGACCAAUAAAGGAGCACUAGCACUGUAUGGUCGUCUGGGGUUUAUUAGAGCCAAGAGGCUUUUCCGAUACUACUUGAAUGGUGUGGAUGCUUUCCGGCUCAAGCUAUUGUUUCCUCGACCGGAACCAAACUACUCUGACUCAAUUAAGUCGAUUGUAGAUGAGGGUGUGGAGCAUGGGGAUGGGAUCUCCCCUGAAGAAAGAAAUAUGCAGUAAUACAGCAGGUAUCGAGGUAGACUAUUGAAGAUGAUCACUAUAUCAUACCUCAAGAUCCACAUUUAUCGAUGUAGGGAGUUGUUCUGAUAUGGCUGCUGAGCUCGAGUGAUGCAGCUUUUGUUGUAGUGAUCUAGUUUCAUUUCUUUGCAACUUUAUUCUUUGUAAAGCUUGGUUAUCUAACUUGGGAUACAAACUUGAGAAAGUGCAUCAAAUAGAGGAAUAUGUUGUAUUUUAUGUUUGAGUGUAUUUUUCUUACAGGAAUUGAUGCAUGUAUUUUCGAACUUGUUCUGUUUCAAGUUGAAUUAAUUAUUGCA